AUGCAUGACGUAACAGGCGACGACAGUGAUCAAAAUAAAAUUGUGUAUGUUCAACGAAUUUCCACACGCAUAUACAUCCCCGUUUUAACGGUGGUUUUGUGUUCUCAUCGUCCAUCUGGUCACGGUGGUAGUGUUAAUGGCAGGGAUUUCGGCGUCUGUGCUAGUGUGUCGUAUCAACAACCAAACGCAAAGGUCGAUGCUGGUUCUAACUCCCGUUCAAAUUAUGGUAGUAAUGAGUGGCGUAAUGCGUUGAGUAAAUACAGUGAUCGUUCACAUGAUAGCAGUCAUGAGUGGAAAGAUACACAAGCAACUGGUGACGAUCUAUCGUCGCAUAACGACAAUGCGUGGCGUCGUGCAGCAAUUCAAGAUCGACAUACAGCAUAUGACGCUUCGAGAGCACAAAACGAUGCCCAGUCGUUUCAAGAAUUAAGACAGAAAACUUUCGAUUUCUAUACAAAUAAUCGUCAAUUUAUUGACUUUACAGGUGAAAAAUUCAUAGUUAAACCAGUUAAUGCCUAUAAAUUGAAUUUGGCUACAUUUCAAGAGAAUACAAAAUUUGUACACAAGAGUAUCGUUGUAUCACGUGUCGGCUCGAUACAUACCGUACCGAUUCGGAUUCAGUCAUCAUCAUCAGAUGCUGUACUAACAGCAGUACCAGUUACCGAUGAAUAUACCAAUGUGUUUGAAUCAAAAUUACGUGAACUGUCGACAGAACUUAAAUCGUCAAUAACAAGAAAUAAAAAUAAUGCAGAAAACUUAAAAGCACACACAACCAAUCAGUUGGCUAAACUUAAAUCUGCAAUAAAAACUGUUAAGCAGACUUUAUCUCGAUUAGAAAGAAAAAUGCGUAAGUUUAUGUUCCAAUUUUUAAUCGUUCGAGAGAGAAGUAGAAAACAAUUAUGUAAGGAAUUCUCUAUUUUCAUUACGCUUUCCCAUGAAGUUAUAUUCAUGUAAAUGAUUAGAAUAUAU